AGGUAGCUCGCUGCGGUGACUGUUCCCGACCCUUAGAAGCUGAAGUAGUGGAGAUCGGCCGUCAGCUCUGCGUUCGCUGCGCUGGACCUGUCCACCGGCGGUUCGCCACGCCCAAAGAUUUGGCGGAGCAGAUGUAUUUCAAGAAUUACGAGAAGUUACUUCUGAAGUUCCAGGUGCCUGAGAGUGACGACGAGGAUCUGGAAGGUUCGGAGAGUGAGUCCAGCGGAUCUGUGAGUGAUCCGCCGGCGCCCGAACCGGAGCCGUUCAGAACGGAGCCAGCGAGAGCCAAGGCCACCUUAGUAGCGAGGAAAGAAGAACCGAAGGAGCCUGAAGGCGCGAAGCCUCGUGCCCAGCUGACCAAGCGCAAGUCCUUCGAAGAAAAGGCGCAGGAAACGGCGUCGCGUCUGGAGGCAAAAUUGGCGAAGUUCCAGAAGGAUCAGGAAGAAAAGCGGAUUCGGGAGGAGGUGCAUAAGAUGAAGCGCAGGGUGAAGGAGAAGAAGAAAAAGAAAAAGGAAAAGAAGGAGAAACAUGAGAAGGAAGGGAAGCUCAAAGGCAAAAAGAGCAAAUGAGCUCUGAGCUGGGUGAUGGUUGGCCAUCGUCAGUGAUGCCUGGUGCAGCCUGGAUUGUAACAGCAAAUCCUCGUCACGUCUUCGCAUCAAUGUCAUGGCCGGAUGCUGCCUGAUGCUGACCGUAUGCUGACCAGCCUACCUGGUGGUCUACAACUGCCAGAGACUGCUGGUGGUCGCGGAUGGGCAAAAAAGAGGCCGAACGCACUACUUUUC